UGCUUAAAGCGGAUUGAGUGGAUGGGAAUUACGGCUUGUCCUGUCAGCUAAACUCCUCUUCGUUACUUGUAGCAUGUUUCCAUUAAAUUCAUGUAUCUACAUUUAACUGUUUAACUUAAAAGGAGAAAGUAUUAUCAAUGGUAUAUGACGACACCUUUACAUGAUACAUGUCACCAUGUUUUCCUUUUUUUCCAAGCUAAAAGAGCGCGUCGAUACUUUUCUCAACGAGAAGAACUUUGUUACCGAUUUCCUCAACAAAAUCGAAGAAAAGACUGGAAUUAAGAAGCGUUUGCUUGUAGUAGGAGCUGCCUCUGCAACAGGACUGUAUUUAUUGGUUGGAUAUGGGGCCUCCCUGAUCUGCAACUUGAUUGGCUUUGUUUAUCCUGCAUACUAUUCCAUUAAGGCUAUUGAGAGUCCAAACAAAGACGAUGACACACAGUGGCUGACUUACUGGGUGGUGUAUGGAUUCUUUGGCGUGGGAGAAUUCUUCUCAGACAUCUUCCUGUCCUGGUUUCCUUUCUACUAUCUGUGCAAAUGCUUGUUCUUGCUAUGGUGCAUGGCUCCAGUACCCUGGAAUGGCUCUCGGGUGUUGUAUAAGCGAUUGGUGCGACCACUCUUCCUCAAACACGAAGCUACUGUGGACAACAUGGUUUGCGAUCUGAGCGGGAAGGUCAUAACAGCUGCAGAGACCGUUACGAGAGAGGUUCUUCAGACUCUGGUGAGAAACAGGACUAUUCACCCAGCUGAGCCAGCAGCCAAAGAGCUUCCUGGUCCAUCUAAUGAACUCAAGGUAGACUGAACCUCACGCAAGGUUCCACAUCCAAAGUCACAGGACAGCAAGGAAUGAAAUCCCCGGGAUGUUAGUAGACAAUACUAUAACGAGCAUAUGCAGUGUGAUUGAAGUAUGUUAUAUAAUACCAAUUAAGGAAAACACAAGAUGUCAUUUUGGCAUUGGUUUGCACAUAUUUCAAUCGUGUGUUACUUGAAGUAGUUUUGUUACUGUAUAGUCUCAACUGUUAAUCUGUUUUGCUCUGACACAGUCGUUUAAUCAUUAGGCAUAGUGGGUAACUUUGCUCCAGGGUUGUUAGUUUGAUUCUCAGGUCACUGAUGGACAUGGGACAAUGUGGGUUUCCUGUGGGUUUCCUCCCAAAAACAUGCCAGUAGGUGGAUUGGCUACAUGAUAUUCUACAUGAUAUUCUCACCUCAUACCCAGUGUUCCUGGGAUAGGCUCCGUAUCAACCACAACCCUGACUAGGAUUACAUGGAAUGAAUGAAUGAUACUGAAUCCAGGAAGUAACUGCAAUGUACUUAAGUAAUAGUAGAGGCUGACAGAAAAACAUGCGUGUUGUUUUUUGUAAGCUAUGCUUAGGUCAUGCCCACCCCCGUUAAUUUACAUCGUUUAUUUUAAUACAUUGAUAUCUCAUUUUAUUUACAUUGUUUAUUUUAAUACAUUGAUCUCUGUUUAUUUACAUUGUUCAUUUUAAUUCAUUAAUAUCUCAGUUUAUUUACAUGGUCUCUAAAUUAUACUGUCAGAAUAGCCUUUAUAAUAAUUGGAAAUGUUAUUUAUUGUUCAUUUAUAUUAACUCUUCAUUUGUUUCAUUAGUUAGAAGACAGAUGUUUUUUUACACAAUGUUAAUGCCUCCGUCUUCAAUAAAUUU